CUGAAAACCUUGUAAUUGUUUUAUAAAAAUGCUAGCUGUUUCUUUGUCGGAAACAUACUACCGGUACUAGCACUACUCUUGCUAGUCACUGACAUAGGGACCCUAUUAGAUAAUCUUCUUUAUUUGUCGGAUUCGAAAAUUCAUACCGGUAUCUGUUGUUGUUGUUGUAGAAGUUUCACUGGUUGUUUAUCUGCAACAGGAUUUGAUCGAGAGACCGACCGCGCCUUUUUAGUUGUGUUGUGUUUGGGGAACCCUAGGACAAGUCAGCCGCCGGAGGGACGUCGUAGCUUGAUGAUCAGGUCAUGGCGGACGUUAGCGUCAGCCCAGCGUCGCUGCCUGACUUCAUAAAGUCAACAGAAAGCGGUAGGCGAUGUCUGGCUCGAGUCCAUGGACUGUGCCUGGAGUCGAUGCAAGCAGCCACAACGGGAAAGGAGGCAGAUAAUACACACCGGAGAAGUGAAAUUCACAAACUGGUCAACGAACUCUGCCAGCCGUAUUGCAAGGCCGUACUGCUGGUGUCACUAGCAUCUCCGGUGGCAUGUUGCCAUGGAGACCAGCCACCACAAACACUGCCAGACGCACAGUUGGUUGUGGUUGUUGCUGCACGCGACGCAGACGUCUUCGACACGACGCUCAAGCCGAACGCGUUGUUCCGGACCACGUACGUUGAGCCGUGGAUGCAAGUGUUCGAGCUGGGUCAUUACCUAGAGGAGUGCAUGCGCUGUAACCUGCGUCUUGUGGAGACACUGCUGGCAUUUGACAAGGUAGAUGCGCACCGUGAUGCUGUGUUAUCUACACUGAGAAGUCAAGUAGCGUGGGACGAUUUUGCAUCGAAAGACUUCUUCAAUCGUAGCCUGGGACAGCUUGAGUCUCUUCUCUCAGGACGUGCAAAGGAUGGAAAGAAGGAUGCCUCUGCCGAGACCGGGGAAGUCACACUCGCACCUGGCGCAACCGAACACAGGUUACUGAUGUACUCCAUGUGUAUACUGGACAAGAAGCUGACAUCCGAGCAAUUAACGGCCAAGUUGCAAGUGCCACUGUCCAUCACGAAUGUAAAGGAGCACCUCAAGCAACUGCGGACGGACUCACAGAAAGUCGAAGGUCUAGAGAGGCACAUUUCCAGCCACCUACGAGAGUCUUGCCUCACGUGUCUGGAAGUGAUGAGACUUGACGGGCUGCAGCUACCGGAGAUAGAAGAAGCGGGCAGUGAAGACGUGGAACGUGCACAGUCACUGCUCACACAGCACGGUGGGAAUAUUGCUGCAGUUGACCCAUCACACCUGCUGCUCAUGACUAUCACCGGUAGCAAACUGUACCGGUUGAACGUUGCAAGCAGUGAUGAUGAUUUUCUCGGAAUCUAUGCCAUCAGCAGAAAGGAAUAUGUGCGCGACUACAAUCAAGUUCAACGCAAGACAGUAUUGGACAACCGUGGCAAGAAGCUUGACAGUGGAGAUAUUGCCCUGUAUGAAGCAUCGAAGUUUGUCGAGGCAUUGCUACACGGUGGUGUAGAGGUGAUACAGAUGCUGUUCACCAAUGAUCUCCUGUACGAGAGCAAGCACUUCCAGUUCCUGAAAACACAUCGCAUGAAGCUGCUGUCGGAGAAGGUCAUCACCAACUACUGCGGCUACGUCGACAAGCACUUUGACUUCCUCAAGAAGCCGCAGAAGACGCCCAGCAAAGUCCUGUAUCAUAUCUAUCAUAAGCUUGGUGAGCUGGAGAGGCUGUGCCGUGGCGAGGGUCCUAAAGUACAGGUCGAUGGCGAGGAGAGAGACUUCAUCUUACGAAUUCGAACAGGACCUAUGGAGGGGGAAUUUGGCUACGAAGCACUGCUGCAGCGGGCGCACGAGAGGUUCGACGAGAUCAAAGCCGCGCUGAAGGCACGUACCGUGCGUCUCCCGGAGCUGGGCGACGUUCAAAUUCUCAGAGAAUGGCUACUGAGCAUCUAUGGCAUUCCAAAGGAAGUACUCCUGCAGAAGCCUCUUAUCGACACCACUGCUGAGCUGUAAGGAGAAAGUGCUGUUCUAGCUCUUUCAUGGACCGCCGGCAUCCAGGUCUACUAAUCUACUUCCGCGAUCAACUAUUUAGAACUGCUAAAUUCCUCUGGUGAUUGACCUCGUUUACAGCGGUCAUGGAUGUCUCAGUCGCCCACUAACCAAGCUGACAGCACGUGUUAGCAUACGAUCAGCGGUCACCUUUCUGAGAAACGAGAUCUCGACUAAUCGCCAGGCGAGAUCAAAUAUAUGUGUGCAUCCAACAGGACUUGGUUCUCGGCCCAUUACGUUCCGUGGCGCAAGAAACUGCAUAUUUAGUACACUGUAUAUACUUUGGGGGGACACUUGACUAGUUUUUUUGUCCUUAUCAAUUCGUUUAUAAAUAAUGGUGUACUAGCUGUGCUAGUACUUGUUAGCAACAAUCCGAACUAGCGCACACACUGCACUGCAUUGCUUUGUACUGCAUUCAAGACUGACGUCAUGCGCUUUGUUUUGCUGCGUAAUCACAAAUGGCACCAGCCCAUUUUGCGGAAAAGAAAAACAAAUCUUGCUUGCCCUGUUGUGCUCUUCCAGACAACGGAUCGUGCUUCAGCAGUGUUUCUUUUCCUUUCGUAGCUUUGCUGCCAGCCCGAGUGUCACCUCGACACUGUAUUUCUUCAGUAUGUCUGACCUAACUGUCGACACUGUCAAGGCAAUGCCUUGCCAAGCCCCCGCGGCGAGCCUUCUCAGCGCGGCUUGAAUCCGAAAGGAAACUUAGUAAAAGUAUUUUACAGGACCGUUUGCUGGCACAACUAGCCCUUGGUAGUGAGGUCUGCUCCGGCCAGGAGAACCAGCAACAUGACAGUGCGGACACGGCUCGCGAGCCCAGAAGCCCGACUUGCACCAAUGCCUCCUCCGCCAGCUCAGGUGACGCGGGCUCAACAUGGGAUCUGCGCUCCCGUAGAUCUACGUGACGAGGUGUAGUCGGCUUUGUCGGCCGCCAUUUUAUUAUUAUCGGAGAGCAUUGUGCCGCUCCUCACCCAAGGCCAAGGCAAUGCGGCUGCUGCCGUCACUACGCCAGGCCAAGCCCUUGUAACCCACCCGAUCAGCCACCUGCACCAGCUGUGCCCAAGGCUGUGCAAGAACGUAUCUUGCGAGGGGAGUUCGUAGAUUUUUCAAGUUGGUUGCCUGAAAUUCUUGCACACUUCCGGCCCAACAUUCCGGCUGGUGCACAGCCCGAAUAACGAUAGCCAGCUAAAUAUCGUUGAGUCGGAUGACCGUACGCGAAGCAGGUGCGUCGCAAGGUUCACGAUAAUUAUACAGUCAUGUAACUACCCGGCUCGAGGCAUGGACCACAUACAUGUCUGUUAUCACGGCUGCUGCCCUACACCGCACUGCUGAACUGCUGAACUGAUUGCGUACCAGCAGUUGAUCCUGACUGCUAACCGCCAGUUCUUCCCAAGCGCGUGGGUAGAGUACGACCGCCAGCUGCGGCUGCUCGUGGCCCAGUAACCAGGCACGAAGAGGUUGGACACCAUCGACGUGAACCUAUGGCAGAUAGCUGUCACAGGCCAUGCACACCCAAAAUGCGCUCAAUGUAAGACGGCCCAUCCAGGGGCGGUUUGUGUCCUUUUCGUCCCCAAGCCAGCAGCAUUUACCUCCAGUGGUCGCAACCAUACCAGCGACAGCCAAGAAAUCUGCCGCAACUUCAAUGGAGGUCGCUGUUCUUCGUCGUCGUGCCGCUUCUCCCACACCUGCAGCCAGUGUGGCAAGGACCACCCAUGCAUCAUGUGCAACCAGCAGCAGCGCGGAGCCAAUCGGCCACCCCGCCGCUCCUAGCAGAAUGGCUACUGAAUAGCUUGACUCGGUACGUAGCUUCUUCCCUAUACACUCUGCAGACACCACACUGCUAGCUGACCACUUUGCCCGCCUGUUACGUAACCACUCAUAUCAAUAAUGCGUUGCGUAUGUUCUCCAUGGGCUGCGCCGUGGCUUUACUCUUGGAUCUGCCGGCCAACACGACAUUUCGGUUUUCUCUAAUAAUCUACCCUUGGCUUUCACUCACUCGGCAUUUAUAUCCGAGCAAUUAGCUGCUUCCUGCGCCCGCAGCGAGACCACAGGCCCAUUUCCGUCACCUCCAUUUCAGUUCAUGCGCCGCUCUGGUAUUGGUGCCAUCCCCGAAAAGAACGGCAAGCUGCGAAUGAUCCACCAUCUGUCUAGUCCGGAAGGCACCGGCGCGAACGACAGCAUUCCUGCCGAGCCGCUCUCUCUGCACUACGCGAGCAUUGACAACGCGAUCAACAUCAUCAUGUCAUGCCCACAGCCUGUGUAUUUGUCCAAGCUCGAUGUACGCAGUGCAUUUCGGCAGAUCCCAGUCCGCCGUCAGGACUUCGCUGGGAAGGCUCCUACUACUACGAGCGCUUUCUGCCUUUCGGCCUCCGCUCCAGCCCAGCCGUCUUUGACUCAGUAGCCACAGCAGUCAACUGGAUCAUGCAGCACGAGUUUGCUAUAGAUCACCGGCUUCAUUACCUCGAUGACU